AUUUCACAACUUCUUGAUCUUAGACCUUAGCAGAUAUGAAAAACCUGUGUGUUUUCACUCUUUCCUUUUUCCUCCUGGAGUUUUCUCUGAUCUUGUGCCAUUUGACUGAACCCAUUUGCUUUUGGAGGAUAAAUAAUAAUGAAGAUAAUGAUGGAGAUUUGAGAAGUGACUGUGGUUUUUUCCUUGCAGCAGUUGAGGGACCUACUGACGACUCUUAUAAUAUCUCUGAUCUUAGAAUACCAGCAAGAAGAUAUGAGUUUUUCCUAGUAAUGUUUUUUGCAACUGAUGAAAUCAAUAAGAAUCCUUAUCUUUUACCCAACAUGUCUUUGAUAUUCCCCAUUAAUCAUGGUCAGUGUGAAAAAACAUUGGGAGAUCUGGAUAAAAUAUAUUCAGAAAAGAACUAUACUGUGGAAUUUACUGAUUAUAUCUGUGUAUCUUUUGGAACCUGUUUUAUAGCCCUUAUAGGACCAUCAUGGAAAACAUCAAUAAAACUGUCAAUUAAUUCUGGGACACCAAGGGUUUUCUUUGGACCAUUUAAUCCUAAGCUGAGUGACCAUGACCAGUUUCCCUAUGUCCAUCAGGUAGCCACCAAGGACACACGUUUGUCCCAUGCAAUGGUCUCCUUGAUGUUUCAUUUUACAUGGAUUUGGAUAGGAAUGGUCAUCUCAGAUGAUGACCAGAGUAUUCAGUUUCUAUCAGACAUGAGAGAAGAAAUGCAAAGACAUGGAAUCUGUUUAGCUUUUGUUAAUAUGAUCCCAGAAGACAUGCAGUUAUAUAUGACAAGGGCUACAAUAUAUGAUAAACAAAUUAUGGAAUCAACAGCAAAGGUUGUUAUGAUUUAUGGUGAAAUGAACUCUACCUUAGAAGUUAGCUUUAGAAGGUGGGAAGAUUUAAGUAUAAGGAGAAUCUGGAUCACAACCUCACAAUGGGACGUUAUCACAAAUAAAAAUGAUUUCAGCCUUGAUUUCUUCCAAGGGACUGUCACUUUUGCACACCAUGUAGGUGAAAUUGCUAACUUUAGGAAUUUCUUGCAAACAAUGAACAGUGAAAAAUACACAGUAAACAUUUCUGAGUCUAGACUGGGGUGGAAUUAUUUUAAUUGUUCCAUCUCUAAGAACAGCAAUAAAAAGGAUCAUUUUACAUUCAACAACACAUUGGAAUGGACAACACUGCACAAAUAUGACAUGGUCCUAAGUGAGGAAGGCUACAAUUUGUAUAAUGCUGUGUAUGCUGUGGCCCACACCUACCAUGAACUCGUUCUUCAACAAGUAGAAUCUCAGCAAAUGACAGUACCCAAAGGAACAUUCACUGACUGUCAGCAGGUGUCUUCCAUGCUGAAGUCCAGGAUAUUUACUAACCCUGUUGGAGAACUGGUGAACAUGAAGCAUAGGGAAAAUCAGUGUACAGAGUAUGAUAUUUUCAUCAUUUGGAAUUUUCCACAAGGCCUUGGAUUAAAAGUGAAAAUAGGAAGCUAUUUGCCUUGUUUCCAACAGAGCCAACAACUUCAUAUAUCUGAAGAUUUGGAGUGGGCCACAGGAGGAUCAUCAGUACCCCCCUCCCUGUGUAGUGUAACAUGUACUGCUGGAUUCAGGAAAAUUCAUCAGAAACAAACAGCAGACUGCUGCUUUGAUUGUGAUCAGUGCCCAGAAAAUGCAGUUUCCAAUGAAACAGUAGAUAUGGAACAGUGUAUGAGGUGUCCAGAUGAUAAGUAUGCCAACUUAGAGAAAACCCACUGCCUCCAAAGAGCUGUGUCAUUCCUGGCUUAUGAAGAUCCAUUGGGGAUGGCUCUAGGAUGCACGGCCCUGUCCUUCUCUGCCCUCACAGUUCUAGUACUAGUCACUUUUGUGAAGUACAAGGAUACACCUAUUGUGAAGGCCAAUAACCGCAUUCUCAGCUACAUCCUGCUCAUCUCUCUAGUCUUCUGUUUUCUCUGCUCAUUGCUGUUCAUUGGACAUCCAAACCAGGCCACUUGUAUCCUGCAGCAGACCACAUUUGGAGUAUUUUUCACAGUGGCUAUUUCUACAGUGUUGGCUAAAACAAUAACUGUGCUCAUGGCUUUCAAGCUCACUACUCCAGGGAGAAGGAUGAGAGGGAUGCUGGCAUCAGGGGCACCUAAUAUAGUCAUUCCCAUUUGUACCCUAAUCCAACUUGUUCUCUGUGGAAUCUGGUUAGUAACAUCUCCUCCCUUUAUUGACAGAGAUAUGCAAUCUGAACAUGGAAAGACCAUCAUUAUUUGCAACAAAGGCUCAGUAAUUGCCUUCCACUUUGUUCUCGGAUACUUGGGUGCCUUGGCUCUGGGGAGCUUUACUGUGGCUUUCUUGGCUAGGAACCUUCCUGACAGAUUCAAUGAAGCCAAAUUCUUAACCUUCAGCAUGCUGGUGUUCUGCAGUGUCUGGAUCACCUUCCUCCCUGUCUACCACAGCACCCAGGGAACGGUCAUGGUGGUUGUGGAGGUUUUCUCCAUCUUGGCUUCUAGUGCAGGCUUGCUAGGGUGUAUCUUUCUCCCAAAAUGUUGUGUUUUAUUACGUAUACAAAAUUCAAACUUUCUGCAUAAGUACAAACAUGAAUUGCAUUCUUGAUUCUUUAGUAAUUUAAAAAUGCUAAUCAUACUCAACUUAUCUUUUUGCUUUGUCAUAACAAAAGCACCACUAAAUCAUACAAAAAAUUUAAGUAAUAUACAAAUUUAGUAUUUACAAUGUAGGGCAGCACAGCACUGCCUAAUGUAAUGCCAAUUAUUGUUUUAGAGGUAAAUGGUCUUAUUCAUGUGUACAUAGAUGUAAACAUUGAGAAUAGGGAAUCUAACUUGAUGAAUGGCUAUCAACACUUUGACCUCUAGGUAUGUGUGUAAGCCAUGUACCUAAUUUAAUAUGUAAUAAGGUGAGCGUAACAUAUGUGAGAGUGCUACCUCUGGGCAGAAAGUUCUGGGAAUUAUAAGAAAGAGGACUUCAAAGAGCACAGGCAUGAAGUCAAUAAUCAGCAUUAUUCCAUGUGCUCUCAUUGAGUGUCUGCAUCCACGUUCUUGUCUUGACUUCAUUCUAUUAACUGUGACUAAGGUACAUAGGGAAAUAGGACUUUUCUCACAUGGUUCCUUUGACCAUGGUGUUUUCUUACAGCAACAGACUCUAAGACAUCAGCAAAAUGUUAAAUUGCCUUGGUUAGGAUUUGGAAUAUCACAGAUUACUGAUGCAAUAGAAGGCACUGAUUUGAAAGAGAAAAUAGAUUGAAUACUAGGGGAGUGUGAAGCAUAGUUACAGUGUUGCAUAUUGUUGAUGGCCAUCACAGAGGCCUGAGAUUUGUAAUUGCUUCAUAAUGUACUAUGAAAAUAUUCAGAAUAUCAGGUAACAUACUAAAAGAAGUACAAUAUAUGAAAAGGACAAUGGGGUUCAGAUUAUGCCUGCUCUAUAAGGCUCAUGAACUUCAUAUGAAAACAUACCAUUUCAAUAUGAAAUGAAGAAGUUUCAUUCAGGGAGAAAAAUUGGUAGUGGAAAAAUUUACACACAAGACCUAUAUCACAAGGAGAUCAGUGAAAUCUUGGAAUAUAUAAGGCACUCUAGAAGAAUGACUUCAAAAAUGUUAGCAAAAUAGGAACAACUAAGAAUUAUUUGGUUUAAUAUUACAUAAUCAAAGAUGUACAUACAAACACAUGAACAUUAUUAUUUCUGGACGUCAGUUGCUGAAGGUCAGUGUCAUUUUCUCUCAAAGUAUUGUUUGUUGCUCUUAUUUUACUUGUUAAUUUACAGUUUAUUUUUGAUGGGAUAAUUUAAUUGUUUUUUUCUUUAUAUUUCCUGUCUCAAGAACACCACUUGUAGCCCAUCCAUACACUCCUAAAAUGCAAAUGACCUAUUAUUUCAUUAAUGCUUAAUGAAUGCAUGCAUGUAUUUGUAUAUACAUAUACAUUUUAAAGUAUACAUUGUAGAUACUAUGUAAAAUUGCAUGUUUUUAUGUUUUGAUGGCUCAUUAUUUGGUAAUACCUGGCCAAUAUUUGUUCCCUUCCCUGGCUAUGACAACCUCCUCCAUUCCCUGAUUUAAAGUUUCCUGUAAAUGGUUGUGUAGGGUAGAAGCUUUGAAAGCUUUCUUCCUUCCACGCUGCCAUGCACAGUGCAGUAAUCCUUCUUCAGACCAUAUUUUGUGUGUCAUAUUGGUAAAACUUCAUGGUCUACUUAUGCUAGUUCUAGAAGAUUUGUGUUCACAGCCAGUUUCCUCAUCCUUUGACUCACAAGAUCUUUUCCACCAUCUUCUUUACGUUUCUCUGAGCCUUGGAUGAGGGAAAAUUUUGUAAGAGGAUACAUUGAAUUGUUUCCUUCAACUACCUACUCUGGAAAUGACUAUCACACUAUCACAACAUCUUUAAAAACAAGAUGGAACUCCAAAAUCAUUUUCUAAGGAAAUAAAUGAAAAUCUAAGUGUUCUUUUAAUCUGGUUCAUUGGAAUUUCCUGCAUUUAUCUGCCUGGGUGUAUGUAAUCCCCCCCCCCCAGCCUGAAACCUGGCUGAACAGGUUUCACUGUUAGCACGAAGAGAGAAUCCGGGGUGGAGCCUUCCACCCUAUCAUUCUGCCACUCCCACUGCUACUGCCUGCCGCCCAGCUGUUCCGGAGCUAUCACGUGGUCACCUGAAAUUGGACUCCAAGGAUGAUUUGGAGGGAAUGGGUGCCUUCCCCUUCUUCAUAAACCAGUGUCUGGGAAUAGUAAAAUUGAACUUUGAUCAG